GUGCUACAGCAAUUUUCGUGCGGAGGUCCUGGAAGGAACAUGGCGAUGGUGAUUUCAUAGUAUUAGUUGCAUUUUUGAUUUCGAUUGUUUCAACCUCAAAACACGUGUACAGAUUUCAUCACAUACGAUCGAAAGUGAUUUUUAAUUAUUCGAUAAAUCGGAAACAAACGCGCAACGCAAUGAGCUUCUUCAGCAAAGUGUUUGGUGGGAAGAAGGAACCAACUGCUCCUUCAACAGCCGAAGCAAUUCAGAAGUUACGCGAAACUGAGGAUAUGUUGAUAAAGAAACAGGAGUUUUUGGAGAGCAAAAUUGACAAUGAAAUAUUAAUAGCGAAGAAGAAUGCGUCGAAGAACAAGCGAGCUGCUAUCCAAGCGUUGAAAAGAAAAAAGCGAUAUGAGAAGCAAUUACAACAAAUUGAUGGCACAUUAUCUACAAUUGAAAUGCAAAGAGAAGCACUAGAAAGUGCAAAUACAAAUACUGCCGUUCUUACUACUAUGAAAGGAGCUGCAGACGCAAUGAAAGCUGCACAUCAACAUAUGGAUGUUGAUCAAGUACACGAUAUGAUGGAUGACAUAGCAGAACAACAAGAUGUGGCUAGAGAAAUUUCAGAUGCUAUAUCUAAUCCAGUAGCAUUUGGCCAAGAUGCUGAUGAAGACGAGUUAGAGAAGGAGCUAGAAGAACUUCAACAAGAACAACUUGACAAAGAAUUACUUGGUAUCGAUACAACGACAGAUGAAUUACCGGCGGUACCAACUUCAGUUCCUGUUGCGCCAAGCAAAACUCGUACAAAAGCUAAACCAGAAGAAGACGACGACUUGAAAGAGUUAGAAGCAUGGGCAUCUUAAAGUGUUAUUAGAAGAUGAAUCCCCUCAAUCCCAUACAAACGUACGGGUUAUGAAACGAUCUUUGAGCACAGAUAUCACGAAUCAUGCUUGUUUAAGAUGAUGGAGUGACCAUAAUAAAAAGUAGAAUGCCAAGCAUAAAUAAAAAAAUAAUAACGCAA